AUGGAGGACCGGAAUGAAUCACAAGACAAUAGAGAACUCUACGCACUACUCAACUUGUCUCCGGAAGCUUCCGAUGAAGAAAUUCGCAGAGCGUAUCGUCAAUGGGCGCAAGCUUAUCACCCCGAUAAGUACCAAGCUCCUCACAUGAAGGAUAUUGCUACGGAGAAUUUUCAACGCAUAUGCCAAGCGUAUGAGGUUCUUUCAGAUCCACAUAAGAGGCAAAUAUAUGAUAUCUAUGGUAUGGAAGGGUUGAUUUCUGGUUUGGAACUUGGUCCAAAGCUCCAUGGAGCUGAAGAGAUCAAGGCGGAGCUUGAGAGAUUGAAGAGGAUGAAGGAACAGGAAAAAAUUGCUGCUCAUUUUCUACCUUCUGGUACAAUUCUGGCCAAUAUAUCUUUGCCGAGCUAUUUGGACGGUGGUGGCCUCCUCCAAGGAAUGGCUAUGACAAGCGAAAUCCAGUCUCACUUAUCCAAGCGCAAUGCUUGUACAAUUGGUGGUAAUUUAGCAGUGAAUGGAGGUGAAGGUGGUGGAGCUGCAAAUGCUGUGUUUAGGCAUCAACUUUCAGAAGUUUCGUCACUUGAGUUUGUGGCUUCAGUUGGUUUGCGUGCACUAAUUGGGGUGCAAACAACUCGUAAUUUAUCAUCACACUCAGCUGCAACAAUGGGUGUAGCAAUGUCUUUGAGAGAUGGUUCAUUGAAUCUUUCAAAUUUAUGGACCCGCCAACUGUCAGAAACAGCAAGUGGACAUAUAGAGCUUAAUUUGGGAUCACAAUCAUCUAUAGCUGUUGGGUGGCAAAAGAAAGAUCAAAGAAGGACUGCCUCUGGAGAAUUGAAGUUUGGCACAGGUUUGUUUGAAGCAGCAGUUCAUUGUACUCAUCGUUUUUCUCCUAAAUCUCUUGGCUGCAUUGUGGGAAGAGUUGGAAGUUCUUCCCUUGAGAUUGAAGUUGGUGGUGGUAGGAAGUUAUCCAAAUUCAGCUCAGUACGGUGGUUGUAUAUAAUAGGAAUUCAGGCUGGCCCAAGAGCAAAGAAGGCUGUUCCAGGCACAAAUUCUAGUACUAGGUCUCCUAACUCUUGUGGAAAACGAAUGCAAGGUAUUUCCUGGAAAUUUGAACUCUACCGUGGGGGUCAGAAGAUAAUUUUUCCGAUUUUGCUGACAAGGCAUCUUAACCCUGUGUUUGCUACUGGAGCAUUUGUCAUUCCUACAUCUCUUUACUUUGUUCUAAAGGAUUCCUUAGUUCCUCCUCGUGCCAUGAUUUCAAUGGAAAAAGGAGGUUGUGGAGGAAGUCACACAAGUGGAAGAGGCCAUUUUAGGAGCCAAGCUGUAGCAUUUAAACUUCUUAUUAAACCUUAUUACCUUAGAAGGAAUAAGCAGAAGGCUCUGGAGGAAGAGAAGAAAAGUUCUACUCAGGUUAAGGAAGCAAUGGCUGCAGUAGAGAAAGCCCAGAAAUUACAACAAAAUGUGGCUAAUAGGAAAAGAAACAGGCAAUUAGAAACAGGUGGACUGGUUAUUAUGAGAGCACUAUAUGGAAAUCAGAUAAUUUUGGACAACUUAAAGUCAUCAAGUGAAACAAGUUUUGAAUCAACUUCUGAUGUCAUUGAUGUUACGAUACCUCUGAAUUUUCUUGUUAAUGAUUCUGGCCAACUCAAGCUUCACGAAGGUGUGAAAAAAUCAGGCAUUAUGGGUUUCUGUGAUCCAUGUCCAGGAAGACCAAAGGAGUUGUAUGUAGAGUACGUUUAUGCUGGCAAUCAAUACCAGGUUUGGGUUGAUGGAAUUGGAAGAGUUCCACUCGACGCAAUACAAUUGGUAACGUUAGGGCAAAUUAUGGCGGGAGCUACUCCGUCCUGCGUUUUCUGUGCGAUUGCCACCAAAUCCACCUCUGACAAUGCUCUUCUUCAUUCGGACGAUAAGGUUGUCGCAUUUCAGGAUAUUAAUCCUUCCGCUUUCAGGCAUUACUUGGUAGUUCCUGUGGCGCACAUUCCUACAGUUAAAGAUCUUCAGAGGAAAACUGAUGACUAUUCUUUGGUGAAUCACAUGUUAGAGGUGGGGAAAACGUUAUUACUUAGAGAUGCGCCUCAGUCCCAGCAGUACAGAUUUGGCUUUCAUCAGCCUCCACUGAACACUGUCAACCACCUACACCUCCAUUGUUUGGCGCUACCAUAUACACCCAGAUGGCGAUCCAUAAAAUACUUAUCUUUUGGACCAGUUGGCUUCAUUGAAGCAGAGAAGUUGCUGGAAAAGAUAAAGCCAUUGUCCACAUUUCAAUGA